CCGGCGGGUGCAUGGGGAGAGAGACAGGGAGUAGAAAAAUAAAGCUGGAAAAUACUUCAUGAAUUAAAGGGAUUUGUUCUUUUGUUUGAAGUACUUCAACGUUUUUCUUGCAAAUAACUAUUCAGAAAUGGAAAGUGAACGAUGAGGAGUCUAUGGCCCAGCUACAGCUGACUGACUGAACAUGGCUCAGUUUCCCACGUCCUUCGGAGGGGGUGCGGACACCUGGGUCAUCUCUGUGGACGAGCGAGUCAAACAUGACCAGCAGUUCCACAGUCUCGCGCCCACCCCUGCUGGCUUCAUCACAGGUGACCAGGCCAGGAACUUCUUCCUCCAGUCUGGCCUGCCCCCUCCGAUCCUGGCCCAGAUAUGGGCCUUGGCCGACAUGAACAGCGAUGGGAAGAUGGACAUGCACGAGUUCUCCAUCGCCAUGAAGCUCAUCAAGCUGAAGCUGCAGGGCCACCCGCUGCCCCCCUCGCUGCCCCCCUCCAUGAAGCAGCCGUCUCUCAUGACCCAGCCCCCGCCCUUCGCGGCCAUGCCACCAGUCCCCCCGAUGCCCACCCUGCCUCCCGGCAUGCCCUUAGCAGUGCCACCUGGUGUGUCCCCCAUGCCCAUCCCCCCUAUCCCAGGCAUGGGUAUGUCCCCCCCGCUGGUCUCCUCCGUGCCCCCUCCCGUGCCACCGAUGCCCAACGGAGCGCCCGCCAUGAUCCCGCCUAUUACCGGCUUCACCAACCCAGCCUCAGCAGCACUCAACAAAAGCUCUUCUUUUAACCGCUCCAGUGCCAAGCUCCAGAAGGGCCAGUCCUUUGAGACGCCCAGUGCCCCCGCGGCGCCCCCUCCCCCAGACUGGGCCGUGCCUCAGUCGUCCCGGCUAAAGUACCGCCAGCUCUUCAACAGCCACGACAAGAUGAUGAGCGGCCACCUCACAGGUCCCCAGGCGCGCACCAUCCUUAUGCAGUCCAGUCUACCACAGGCUCAACUGGCCACCAUAUGGAACCUCUCGGACAUAGACCAGGACGGGAAGUUGACGGCCGAGGAGUUCAUCCUGGCGAUGCACCUGAUUGACAUGGCGAUGUCAGGCUUGCCCCUUCCUCCACUACUCCCACCCGACUUUAUUCCUCCCACAUUCAGGAGGGUGCGUUCAGGCAGUGGGGUCUCGGUGACAAGUGUGCAUUCCGUUGACCUGCGCGUACCAGAAGAGCCCGAAGAGGAGGACCCGAAGAUAUUGCCAGUGACGUUCGAGGACAAGAAGCGUGAGAACUUUGAGCGGGGCAACCUGGAGCUGGAGAAGCGUCGGCAGGCCCUGCUGGAGCAGCAGCGUCAGGAGGCGGAGCGCGUGGCCACGCUGGAGCGCCACGAGCAGGAGCGCAAGGAGCGCGAGCGGCAGGAGCAGGAGCGCCGCAGGCUGCACCAGCUGGAGAGACAGCUGGAGAAGCAGAGGGAGCUGGAGAGGCAGCUGGAGGGAGGAAGAGGAGGGAUGGAGAGGAGAGAGGCUGCCAAGCGUGAGCUGGAGCGCCAGCGGCAGCUGGAGUGGGAGCGGAACCGCCGGCAGGAACUCCUGAACCAGAGGAACCGAGAACAGGAGAACAUCGUUCUACUCAAGGCCCGCAAGAAGACCCUGGAGUUUGAGCUGGAGGCCCUGAGCGAUAAGAAAACACAGCUGGAGGGAAAGCUGCUGGACCUGCGCUCGCGUCUCUCGGGUCAGCGGCAGGAGAUCGAGAACACUAACAAGACCCGCGAGCUCCGCAUCGCCGAGAUCACCACACUACAGCAGCACACUCAGGAGUCUCAGCAGUGGCUGGCUCGUCUGAUCCCGGAUAAGCAGUGUCUGAAUGACCAGCUCAAACAGGUCCAGCAGAACAGCCUACACAGUAAACUCCUGACGAACCUGCAGAGGGCGCUGCAGGUGAAGGAGACAGCACGGCAGCAGCUGAAGGAUCAGCUGGAUGAGGUGGAGCAGGAGACGCGCGCCAAACUGCUGGAGAUAGACGCCUUCAACACACAGCUCAAGGAGCUCAGGGAGAUCCACGCCAAGCAACAGCAACGGCACAAGCAGAUGGAGACGCUGGAGGGCGACGCCCAGCCCACCAUCGAUGACAGGAAGUCCGUAGAGCUGCCGGAGGCCAGGUUGUCGGGUACAGAUGAGGUGGUCUCUCCGGCCCCCACUCCCACGCCACCUCCGGCACAGGCGUGGCUGAGCAGCGUGAGUGUAAACGAAGAGGAGAUGACCGUGCGGAAGGACACGCCGGAUAAACUCAGCCAGCUCUUCCUGCCUCCACCACAGCCACAGCCAAAACUGCUGGGUCAGGCACCGUGGCCCACGGGAGAUAAGCCCCCUGCAAUGAGUUCCAUUCAGGAGAAGAUGAAAAUGGUCUACUAUCGAGCGCUGUACCCUUUUGAUGCCCGUAGCCACGAUGAAAUCACCAUCCAGCCUGGAGACAUCGUCAUGGUGAAGGGAGAGUGGGUGGACGAGACUCAGACGGGAGAGCCUGGUUGGCUGGGGGGUGAGCUGAAGGGAAAGACCGGCUGGUUCCCCGCCAACUACGCUGAGAAGAUUCCGGAAUCCGAGGUCCCACUCAGCCUGCGCACCGCAGCGGCCACCUCCGGCCCCGCCCCCAAGCUGGCCAGCACCCGGACCCCUGCCCCUCUUCCUCCUCCGGGCGCUGCCGCCUCCUCGUCAUCCUCAGCCUCCAGUAACUGGGCGGAUUUCAGCACGACGUGGCCCUCUAACUCGGUGGACAAGCCUGACAGUGACGGCUGGGAUGCGUGGCCCUCUCAGGCGGCCCCUACCACUGCCCCUCCCCCGGCCCCCCAGCCCAGCCUGUCCGUGCCCAGCGGAGGCCCCCUACGCCAGCGCUCCGCCUUCACCCCCGCCACCCUCAGCGGCUCCUCACCCUCACCUGUGCUGGGACAGGGUGAGAAGGUGGAGGGUCUGCAGGAGGCCCUGUACCCGUGGCGGGCCAAGAAGGACAACCACCUGAACUUCAACAAGAGCGAGAUCAUCACGGUGCUGGAGCAGCAGGAUAUGUGGUGGUUCGGUGAGGUGCAGGGCCAGAGGGGCUGGUUUCCCAAGUCCUACGUGAAGCUCAUCUCAGGCCCCGUACGCAAGUCCGUCAGUAUUGAGUCAGGCUCGUCAGAAAGCCCACCAAGUGUGAAGAGACCUAGCCCCUCACCCAGCAAACCUCUGGAACUCGGAGAAGAGUAUAUAGCCAUGUACACGUAUGAGAGCACGGAACAAGGCGACCUGACCUUCCAGCAGGGGGAUGUCAUCACUGUCACCAAGAAGGAAGGCGAUUGGUGGACAGGAGUAGUGGGGGGAAGGACAGGGGUUUUCCCCUCCAACUACGUCAAGCCCAAGGACUCUGAUGCUUUGGGAGCAGCAGGGAAGACGGGGAGUCUGGGGAAGAAGCCAGAGAUUGCACAGGUCAUAGCCCCCUACACAGCCACAGGGGCCGAGCAGCUGACUCUGGCCCCCGGCCAGCUCAUCCUCAUUCGCAAGAAGAACCCUGGAGGCUGGUGGGAGGGGGAGCUGCAGGCGAGGGGGAAGAAGCGCCAGAUUGGUUGGUUCCCGGCCAAUUAUGUCAAAUUAUUGAGCCCAAGCACCAGUAAGACCACACCCACGGAGCCGACGCCCCCCAAACUACCCACACCAAGUGCAGUGUGUCAGGUGAUCGGCAUGUAUGACUACACGGCGCAGAAUGACGACGAGCUGCCCUUCGGCAAAGGUCAAAUCAUCAACGUCCUGAGCAGGGAGGACCCUGACUGGUGGAAGGGCGAACUGAACGGCUCUGUGGGUCUCUUCCCCUCAAACUACGUCAAGCUGACCACCGACACUGACCCCAGCCAGCAGUGGUGCGCCGACCUGCACCUCCUGGACAUGCUGACCCCCAUGGAGCGCAAGCGGCAGGGCUACAUCCACGAGCUCAUCGUCACCGAGGAGAACUACGUCAAUGACCUGCAGCUGGUCACCGAGAUCUUCCAGAAGCCUCUAUUGGAGUCGGAGCUGCUGACGGAGAAGGAGGUGGCCAUGAUCUUCGUCAACUGGAAGGAGCUGAUCAUGUGCAACAUCAAGCUGCUCAAGGCCCUGCGCGUGCGGAAGAAGAUGUCGGGCGAGCGCAUGCCGGUGAAGAUGAUCGGGGACAUCCUGACGGCGCAGCUGCCCCACAUGCAGCCCUACAUCCGCUUCUGCAGCUGCCAGCUCAACGGCGCCACACUCAUCCAGCACAAGACCGACGAGGCGCCCGACUUCAAGGACUUCGUCAAGAGGUUGGCCAUGGAUCCGCGGUGUAAAGGGAUGCCCCUCUCCAGCUUCCUGCUCAAGCCAAUGCAGAGGGUCACCCGCUACCCCCUCAUCAUCAAGAAUAUUUUAGAGAACACGCCAGAGAGUCACCCGGACCACAGCCACCUGCGCCAGGCACUGGAGAAGGCCGAGGAGCUGUGCUCGCAGGUCAACGAGGGUGUCAGGGAGAAGGAGAACUCCGACCGGCUGGAGUGGAUCCAGGCACACGUGCAGUGUGAGGGGCUCUCAGAGCAACUGGUGUUCAACUCUGUGACCAACUGCCUGGGCCCACGCAAGUUCCUCCACAGCGGCAAGCUCUACAAGGCCAAGAGCAACAAGGAGCUGUACGGCUUCCUGUUCAAUGACUUCCUGCUGCUCACCCAGAUCAUCAAGCCGCUGGGCUCGUCCGGCUCCGACAAGGUGUUCAGUGCCAAGUCCCACCUGCAGUACCGCAUGUACAAGACGCCCAUCUUCCUGAACGAGGUUCUGGUGAAGCUCCCCACUGACCCUUCCGGAGACGAGCCCUUAUUCCACAUCUCGCACAUCGACCGCGUCUAUACCAUACGGGCCGAGAGCAUCAAUGAGAGGACGGCGUGGGUGCAGAAGAUUAAGGCAGCCUCGGAACUCUUCAUUGAGACCGAGAAAAAGAAGAGGGAGAAGGCCUACCUGGUACGCUCCCAGAGGGCCACAGGCAUCGGCAGACUCAUGGUCAACAUCGUCGAAGGGAUCGAGCUCAAGCCCUGCCGUUCCCAUGGGAAGAGUAACCCCUACUGUGAGGUGACGAUGGGGUCGCAGUGCCACAUCACCAAGACCCUGCAGGACACGCUGAACCCCAAGUGGAACUCCAACUGUCAGUUCUUCAUCAAAGACCUGGAGCAGGAUGUGCUGUGUGUUACCGUCUUCGAGAGGGACCAGUUCUCCCCCGAUGAUUUCCUGGGCAGGACCGAGAUCCGCCUGGCGGACAUUAAGAAAGACCAGGGCUCCAAGGGGCCCAUCACCAAGCGGCUGCUGCUUCACGAAGUCCCCACAGGCGAGAUCGUAGUGCGCCUUGACCUGCAGCUCUUUGAUGAAACUUGAGCAGUCCCAUGCCUCUCAAAUACACACACACACACACACACACACACUACUACGCCCCUUUUUUCCCACCCUUGGUGUUUUGAGGCCUAGCAGCCUACUGUGACAAUCCCACCUGCCCUGCUCCAAAAACACACACCAUACCCCAGUGUGUGUGUGUGUGUGUGUGUGUGUUUAUUUGUGCUUGGAAGCAAGUGUGUGUCUCUGCGUGUCUGUGUAAAAGCUGUGACAGUCUUAAUCAGUGAUCUAUUUUUAUGAACAAUUUUAUGUUUUUAAAUCAUGCCCAUUAUACACAUGGGGACACCAGUGCUGAGGUCUCUAACCGGCUGAGGUAGCCUGAGAGGAAAUAAGACUCUAGUAUUUAUCAGCUUCAUCUCUCUCACUCUCUCUCUCACUGCUGCAGCUGUUUUAUCAGUAGUUUUGCUAAAUGAACACUAUUCAUAUAUGUGGCCUAAAUAUGGGAAGGACUGAUUUAAAGACCAAUUUGCAUCAAUAGGUGAAUUGACUCCUGGAGGUGAGGUGGAGGGGAGAAAGUUAAAAGUACAUCAGCAUGCAAAAGAAAAGAGUAGGAGGAAAGCCUGUGUGUAGCUGGUUCAUUUCCCCUCUUAGUUGCUUAGUGUCAAAGCUCUGUUUCCAGGGUGUGGACUCGCGUCACAAACUGCGUCUGGCGCAGGCCGUCUGGACUGUCAGCGACCACAGAUAAGGCUGUUGGUGCACGUACUGUAGAUUUAGCAGAACAGAAACCCUUCAAACACAUCCACUAUGAGCCAAAAGCCAGUAUCCUCAGUCAGUAAGCAGUAGAUUCAUUCCAGCCGCAGCUAUUAUUUUUUGUUUUGUUUUUUUCCAAGUCGUUGGUUUAGGUACAAAACAUCCAAGGCAUCAGGCAGAUAUGAUAUGUAGGCAUGCUGUAAAACUGCAUUAAGCAUGUUUGGAUUGGUCAGGCAUUGUUUUCUUUCAGAUAAAUUUGGUCUUUAAGUAUUUGCGCCUUCAGCAGUGCAGAUUAGGUUAGCAUUAACGUCAUCUGUAGUGCCACAGUGUUGACCCUCUCACAGAGCUGUCAGCGCUCUACCCCAUAAGCAAACAACUCCAAUCCACCGUUAAACAAUGUGUGCCAUGUGAGAUGUCAAAGGAUGUCCAAAUGUAUGCAAAUGACCUGUUGAGAAAGUGCUCCUUGAUUUAGUUCAGGAGGUCUUCAACUGGCAUCGCAACUCUUAAUGAUCUCAGACUGACCAAGAUUUGUUUAUUUUGUUUCAUUUUAAUCUUAAUUUAUAAAUUUAUUUAUUGGAUUGACGCAAGUUUGAGACCAGGUCCCGUAUGUGAAUGUACUGUAAACAGGGUGGUGAUGGAGAGGAGAUGGGAGGUAGCCCUACUUGAGUGAAGUUUUGAUACAUGACCAAGCCUGUGACUGUCACCACGGGCACAUUCAUGACAACGGUUUUGGUGAGCAAAACUUGUAGCAAUAUGUGAAGCCUUGUUUAAGCAUCUGAAGUAUAAAGAAUGGGGAGUGCACAGGGAAACCUUCAAAUAUUUGAGAGAAAAAAACACUCCAUUCUGCUGCAUUCCAAGAAGUCUCAUAAUAUUCUGCCUUGACACACUCCUAAAGCUGUCAAAGUGGUCAAGGAUUUUUAAGUGGAGUUAGCAUUGCGUAUGUAUAUAAAGGAGAUAAGAGAUAAAUAAGAGAGUUAUGAGUGACCACAGACGAGAGCCAGGGGCUAAGUGAUCUGGGAUUAUAUGAAGUUUGUGAUGCCUAACCCUGAUGCGCUCUUCCUCUCAAUCAUUCAUAUCUAACCGUUUGGAAACAUGUACUGUAUAUUUGCUGUCAUUUUUUGUUGUUUUGAAUUAGUUGUUUUUUCCAUACAUCAAAAAAGGUAACUAUUUAAUAUAGAGUGCUAUAUUUAUGAUGGGUAUGAGUGACAUUGGUCAUGAUUGUGGAGGACCACUUUUGUAAAUGUGCAUUUUUGAUUUCGAUGGGUGUUUUUUUCCCCUACAGGAAUUGUGCUUUGGAUGGGGAUGCUAGUGUGGUUAACACUGUACAGUAGUUGUAUAUGUUUGUAAAGAGCAACUGUUUUGAGGUCAGCCUUCCAAAUCAGUUUUUGAAUUUGUUUUCAUCCACAAGACGAGUAGCUGACAGGUGAAUAGUGCUACUGAGAUAUGCUGUUAGGAGUGUUUUUAGUACAAAUAUGAAAUGAUGCUGGAUAAAAAUGGUCACUUAACAUUAAAAGAAUGAAAUAGAGUUGGUCAAAAGGGAAAUGCUGACCCGUGAUGUUUGUUUGUGUAUCUGGUCUUUCUCACGAGGAAGAAGCAUAUUCCUUAUUACCGCCUAGACAGUUUCCUUGAAUUGACCAGUCUUAGGGCAGCUGUGCUGAAAGGUGGAGUCAGGACUGAGGUGAUCUUUGGACAGACCCUUGCUGUUUUGUGAAAUGACCUGCCCGGGGAAGAGAAGUUGGAUUGUUUUCUCCUGUAGCAGCUCUGUACAUGUGUGUGUGGCGUUCUGUGCGUUUGAGAUGAAUAGUUAAGAAUAGAAACCUUAGGUUUCUUCUCUCUCUCUCUCUCUGUGUGUGUGUGUGAGUGUGUGUGUGUGUGUGUGUGUGUGUGUGUGUGUGUGUGUGUGUGUGUGUGUGUGUGUGUGUGUGUGUGUGUGUGUGUGAGUGAGUGAGUGAGAGUGAUUCCAUGUGGUAUGUAAGAGUGUGAAUUCAUGUCAUAAGCCCUACAGAUGAAUAGUGGGUCCAAAGGCUGCUUGACUAGUACCCAACACCCUGACCUUUGACCCUUGCUGUUCCCGUGGCGCUCAGUUCUGUACAGUCCAAAGCAGUUGGCUCGCCCAUUUUUUUUUUUUUUUUUUUUUUUUUUUUUUUUUUUUUUUUAAGGAUGAAGCAGUCUUACUGAAUCAAUGUACAGGAAGUGUCCAUGUUAUAAGCUCUGAAGGAAGUAUAAUAUAUUACUACUUGAACAUGAAUUAUGUUGAUGACAAUGUAUUGUUAUCAAUGUAGAAGCAUUAUUAUUAUGUUAUUGUCUUAAAUGUUACCAAUAAAUCUCAAUUGGACCAAA